CUCGCGCAGUGGUCAGCGGCUGCCAAGGGUAAUGUCCACAGUCACCUGGAAUGGAGCCACGCAAUGCUGUGGCCCGGCGUCCCAGAGGAGCUGGCAAGAACCAUCGCAUGUGCACGGCGUUUCGGGUCGCCGGACCAUACCAUGUCUUCGCUGACGCCUUCUGGGCACGGACCAUGCCACGGCAUGGUCCGGCGCCUCCGGGACGCCGGACCACGGCACGGUGUCGUCCUGGGGGCGUUGUCAAUUCGGGGACGGUGGACCAUGCCAUGCUGUGGUCCGGCGGCCCGGGGACGGCGGACCAUGCCAUGGUAUGGUCCGACGGUUCCGGGACGCCCGACCAUACCAUGGUAUGGUCCGGCGGCUCGGAGACGCCGGUCCAUGCCAUGCUAUGGUCCUGCGGGCUCGGGGACGGCGGACCAUGCCAUGGUACGGUCCGGUGGACCGGGGAUGCCAGACCGUGCCAUGGCAUGGUCCGGCGGCUCGGGGACGCCGGACAAUGCCGUCGUAUGGUCCGGCGGCUUGGGGACACCGAACCAUGCCGUGGUAUGGUUCAACGGCUCCACUGCGCCGGACCAUGUCACGGUAUGGUCCGGAGUCCCCGAGCCGCCGGACCAUACCAUGGCAUGGUCCGCCGUCCCUCAGCCAAUCGACCCUGCCAUGGCAUGGUCCGGGGUCCCUGAGCCGCUGGACCCUGAGCCGCCGGACCAUACCAUGGCAUGGUCCGCCGUCCCUGAGCAGCCGGACCAUACCAUGGCAUGGUCCGCCGUCCCCGAGCCAAUCGACCUUGCCAUGGCAUGGUCCGGGGUUCCGAAGCCGCUGGACCCUGCUGUGGCAUGGUCCGGCGUCCCCGAGGCACUGCACCGUACCACGUCAUGGCCCGGCUUCAACCUAAAUUUGAACGUGCCACGUCCGGGUGCUGGGGAGUGCAAUUGCAAGGUGGUGCCCAAAAUGAUAGACCAUGCGAUCGUGCGGUGGGACCCGCGCUGCAGGACCCAGGCUGAAGGACCGUGUCACCGCAUGGCAACGCAAGGGAUGAAGGACAAUGUCGUGUCAUGGUUUGGUCCGGCGUCCUCUGUGUUACGAAGGAGGGCGCGGGACAAAGGGCGUCAUUGGCUUCGUCGGUGCCGGGCUCCAGGACCCGGGGUGCCGGACCGUGCUGCGGGGCCAUGCCAUUUUGUGGUAGGACCCGGGGUGCAGGACCGCGUUAGUGCAUGCCAACACUAGGGAUGAAGGACCCGCGCUGCAAGACCCAGCCUGAAGGGUCGUGCCAUUGCAUGUCAACACUAAGGAUGAAGUAACAUGCCAUGUCAUGGUGUGGUCCGGCGUCCUCUGUGUUACGGAGGAGGAUGUGGGACCGUGGCAGUGCAUGGCAAAGUGCGGGGCAAAGGACGCCAUUGCAUGGUAGAACCCCCGCUCCAGGACCCGGGGUGCCGGACAGUGCUGCAUGGCCAUACCAUUUCCGUGGUAUGGUCCUGCGCCUCCGGAACGC